AUCUCAGAUUUUCUCAAUAAAAGAGUGAGGAAGAUGAUGAGACAGAAGAUUUUUCUCUUUGGUGAUUCAAUCACUGAAGAAUCCUUUAGUGACGGUGGCUGGGGUGCUUCUCUCGCCGAUCUUCUCCGCCGCAAGGCUGAUAUGGUGCUAAGAGGAUACAGUGGAUAUAACACGAGAUGGGCGUUGAAAGUGGUGGAGAGAGUUUUUCCGGCGGCAGAAGAAGACGGCCGAGAUUCUCCGGCGGCUGUGACUGUGUUCUUUGGAGCGAACGACGCAUGUCUGCCGGAGAGAUGCUCGGGGUUUCAGCAUGUGCCACUUGACGAGUACAAGCAGAAUCUUCGCUCUAUUAUUUCGUUUCUCAAGAAUCGCUGGCCACAAACGGCCAUUAUUCUUAUAACCCCGCCUCCGAUCGACGAAGAAGCCCGCCUCAGAUCUAAUGAAGACAUUGAUCUUGACAUUCUUAGAUAUCCUUAUAUCGAAAACACAACGGGAUUGCCAGAAAGAACGAAUGAAGUAGCCGGACGAUACGCAAAAGCAUGUAUAGCAGUAGCUGAGGAAUGUCACAUUUCGGUCAUUGAUCUUUGGUCCAAAAUGCAGCAAAUUCCAAAUUGGCAAACAGAAUGUCUAUGGGACGGGUUACAUUUGAGUCGGGUUGGUAACAAAGUAGUGUUUGAAGAAGUGGCAAAGAAGCUUAAAGAAGAAGGCAUUGGAGCUGAGGACUUAGCUGUGGAUCUUCCCCUUAUAGAAGAUGUUGACCCAAAGGAUCCUCUCAAAGCAUUUGAUGAGUUUUGAUGCUUUACAUCAUUACCAUGCAGUUUGGUUUUAUCUUUGAAUACCUUAGCGAUAUUAAUUUAUCCAAUGAUAUAAUAAUCUGCUCUUAUCAAA